AUGUCUGUGGAGUCGAUUCCUGUAGAACUGGUGGGUCGGCGUACCACUCCUUACUCUACACCAUACACUCAGGCAAUCCUUGUAGUACCGGACCUGACGCCACCACUCCGAGCGCAAGAUGCGGCAAAGCCGCCUCGAGUGGCCUGGGGACGGCUGCAUCCACCCACACCAGGCUUGAAGCUCGGUAGGGCACGUGCCAUGUCUGAUGUGCCAAGAAGCCGUACGAGCCUUCACAACACCGACGGCGAUGAGCGAGAUGAUCAGUGCACUUUGGAAAGCAUCGCCGAGCGUUUCGACUGUCACCCGGAGCGAGACGCUACCGAAGAAGCGUGUCGCGCCAGGGGCUGCUGCUGGAGGAAUGCCGUGUUGGGGCCCGACAUCCCGUCGUGUUUCUAUCCCAAGGACUACGUCGGCUACCGGGUGGAAAGCAUCGCCUCGCACGACGAGGGCGUCCGCAUAAAGUUGACCCGGCAGACGCCCUCUGGUAUCGACGAUGACGUGCAGUCGGUUGACGUCAGCGUCGUCUACUACGACAGGGACAGCGUCAGAAUAACGAUUGUUGAUUCAACGCGGGAACGCUUCGUUCCGCCUUUGCCGGAGAUACCUGCGAAAACAUUCAAGGGGCGACGGGACUACGUCGUGAAUGCGACACAAUGUGGUUCUCUCAGCGUUCACCGCUUGGAUGAUCACAACACGGCCUUGUUCAAUGCAAACCUCUCGAGGCUGGUGUUCACGGAAUACUUUCUACAGCUAUCGACGCUGAUGCCCUCUGACGUCGUUUACGGUCUCGGAGAGCAGUGGACAGCCCUGCGACGCAGUGUAGACUGGAAGCGCUACUACUUAUUCACUCGGGAUGGCUCGCCCAGGCCCAACAGCAACCUUUACGGAGCGCAUCCAUUCUACGUCGCUCUCGAAACCGACGGAUCAAGCCAUGGAAUAUACCUUCACAACAUCAACUUCAUCGAGGUCCUGCUGCAGCCCACGCCGGCAGGCACGUUCCGCAGCCUGGGCGGCGUGCUUGACUUCUUCGUAUUCGCGGGCCCCACUCCCGGGCAAGUGGUGCAGCAGUACCAGCGUGUGGUCGGCUUCCCCGCCAUGCCUCCCUACUGGGCCCUCGGUUUCCACCUUUGCCGCUACGGUUACCGCACGCUCAACAAGACCCGGGAAGUCAUGGAGAACAACAUCCGAGCCGGCAUACCCCUGGACGUCCAGUGGAACGACAUCGACUACAUGAAGAAUUGGAAUGAUUUCACUUACGACAAGCAUACCUACGCUGGCCUUCCAGACUUCGUUGCGAAAGUACACGAGGGAGGGCGUCACUACGUCAUGAUUUUCGACCCGGGCGUAAGCGGAAGCGAAAUUCCCGGCACCUAUCCACCGUUUGACGAAGGACUCGAAAUGGACGUUUUCGUUAAAAACGUCACAAGUGGUAUUGUGUACGCCAAGGUGUGGAACUAUGUGAGCACCGUGUUUCCCGACUUCACGCAUCCCAACUCGUCUCGUUACUGGACGCGACAGUUUCGAAAGUUCCACGACGUGGUGCCUUUCGACGGAGCCUGGAUAGACAUGAACGAGCCGUCGAAUUUUUACAAUGGCCACGAGAACGGAUGCCCGCGAGACCAGAAAGUGGAGCGGCCACCUUACGUCCCGGGACCCGAUCCGCUGUGCAUUCGCACGUUGUGCAUGAGUGACCAGCACUACGCCUCUUCCCACUACAACUUGCACAGCGUCUACUCGCAGCUCGAAGCAAGGGCCACUUACCGGGCCCUGGUCGAGAUCCGCCAGAAGCGUCCCUUCAUUAUUUCGCGAGCCACUUCCUCGGGCCAAGGUGCCUGGAGUGGCCAUUGGUCGGGAGACAUCGAGUCUAGCUGGGAAGAUAUGAGACUCAGCAUACCAAAUUUCCUCAGUUUCGGCAUGUACGGCAUACCCCUGGCAGGGGCGGACAUAUGCGGUUUUGCGGGCAACACCACCGUGGAACUGUGCGCCCGCUGGCAAGUUCUGGGGGCGUUCUAUCCGUUCUCGAGAAACCACAACGAAUAUUCGUGCGAGGACCAAGACCCGUACAGCAUGGGACCUGAGGUGGUUCUAGCCACCAAGAAUUCCCUGACCGUUCGAUACGCAUUGCUGCCUUAUCUGUACACGCUCUUCUACCGGAGCCACGUCUACGGAGAGACCGUAGCUAGGCCACUUUUCUUUGAGUUUCCAGAAGAUCCCCGUACACACGACAUCGACGAACAGUUCAUGUGGGGAUCGGCGUUGCUCAUAUCACCUGCUCUCUACCAGGGUCAAACAAAGGUGGAGGCCUACGUUCCGCGGGGCACGUGGUACGACAUAUACGAUGGCGGACGCUUCGAGCAAUCCGCUGGCGGCUACCGUUACUUCCCGGCGCCCAUUGACAAGGCGAACGUCCUUGUGCGCGGGGGCCACGUCGUGCCGAUGCAGGAGCCAGCUGCCACCACCACAGUGAGCCGCAAGAAUCCAAUAUGGCUGUUUGUGGCACCACGUGACCAAAAAGCCCAAGGCACCAUGUACUGGGACGACGGCGAAUCUCUCGACGCUGCACAGGAUCACAAGUACAGCGUGUACAACUUUACCUUGGCGGAGGCUGUGUUGACCGUAAGACACGUGACAAGAGGAAGCAACGUGACGCUGACGUUGGGUGGUGCCACCGUGACAGGCGUAGAGGUGGGACCGCACUCGGUCGCCAUUGUUGGGGGACGUCCUCUCGCAUUUUCCUACUCAGAGGCUCAGCAAACGCUGAGAAUUUUCGACAUCGCCCAGUUCAUGGACGAAGACUUCAGCAUCGCAUGGUUCGCGGAAUCUUAAAAAAAGAAGAUGCACAAAACUGUGUCAUUUUCUUGUUUUCUAUCGACAUUCUACCUUAACCAGCAAGGAAUA